AUGGGCGGAAAGGUUACGGCCCGGCGCGGCACCAUCUCUCCUCCCAGGAGAGCUUCGACCGCUGCCUCCAAGUCUUUCCUGGCGGUGUCGGGAGCGGUUUCUAGAGACUGGCUUCGGCACGAGGUAGGGGAGGAGGUGGCGGCGUGCCUGCCGGUUGAGCUGGGCGGCGAUCUCGACCUGGCUGCGUGGAGCUGGGAGGGGUGGGUGGGACGACGCAUAAAGAGGGAAGACCUGGCGGAAUCCAACAUGAACCUCGCGGAAGCAGACUCUGAGUUCGCGCCGGCGACGUGGCGGUACCUGGACGCUUGCCACCGCAUGGCGGAGGCCACCGGGACGCAGGACUACGCUCACGUCUUGGCCGAAGCCCUGGAGGGAGGCCUAACGGUUCCUGUGGCGUGGGUGAAACGGACCCUCGGCGACAUGGUGCAGGCACGGCAGGCUCACGAGCGCACGUCGAGCGGCGGGGACGUCUGGGUCUGCGUCGACCGCCUCUGCGGGAUGAGCCGCGAGCUGGUGGUCGUCUGCCCGGCGACUAACGAGGCCGACCCCCUCCACAUCUCCGCGGAGUUCGAGAUCGACAACAGCAGCGACAGCUUCGGGCUCAACCUCAGGAGGAAGAGGGAAGGGGGGGCGGCGCUGCCGUCCCCCCUGCCGCCGCCGCCGUUCGCGUUGUCGUCGCUGCCGUCCCUCCUGUCGCCGGGUGCGGCGGUCACCCCGACAACGGCGACGACUACCGGGACCGCGAGCGGGACCAGCAGCGGCGGUAGCGUCGGCGUACCGACCGCCGCGGGCGCGGCUACACCAGCGGCGGCGCCAGCGGCGGCGACUCCUGUAGCGGGUGAAGCGGAGCAGAAAAACAACAAGCCGCCGCCACCGGCACACCGCUACAAUGGGACGGGGCAGGCCCACCGCCGCUCGUCGGAGGGCUCCUACAAUAGGCGGCCGAGAUCGCCCCAGCGGGAAGCGGCGGCGGCGGUGGCGGCGGCGGUGACUAGUGGAGGCAUUUGCGGGGCCGGGGGGCGUCUCUCGGCGUUCGCGACGGCGUCUACGGUACCGUUGUCGACGAGAGGCGGGGUAGGGGCGGCGGCCGGGGCGGCCGGGGCGGGGGCGGGGGAAGGCGGUAAAGUUUCCAGGGAUCGGGCCUGCGUGCGGGUGACGGUGACAACGGAGAUGAGCUACAAGCCAUCGAUCGGCCGCCAGCGGAGGUGGCGGCAGAACAAAAAUGGCGAGUUCCGGGGUGGUGGUGGUGGUGGUGGUGGUGGUGGUUAA